AAUAACCAAUUAGUGAAUUAGAAUUAGUUAAUAUUAAAGUCAAUUAGUGAAAUAAUAUAUGAUGUUACUCAGUAUAAAUUGUUUGGCCUUAAUAUUGUUUGGCAUAAACAGUAUAUAAAGAAUGCAAUUAAGUUGUUUUUUUUGUAAUAGUUUACGAUAGUUAUUUCAUCUUUGCUUGCUCUAGGAGUUGGUUUAUAUGUUUCAUAUGUUUGAGAGAGGUUACAGGGUCUGGAAUGUGAAAUUUAGUUGUGAAUAUGUUUUUUUCCCCCAGCCAGUGUAAGUAUUUGCAAAAAGAAAUGUAUGCUUAAUCAGAUUAGAGGAACAAAAGAAUACUAUAUUAAUCUGUUGAGACUAGGGUAGAUUGGAAAUAUGUAAUCUCUGAUUGUUGCUGUUUCCCUCCGUUCCCUAUUAAGUGUCGUUUUUAGCUUUACAAAAUGUGUCUUGAUUUUAGGUAGAACACAUUAAAAAUAUUAAAAUAAACUUGAUUAUUUAAUGAUGUGAUAAGAGAGAGAUAAUACUAAUAGAUGAAGUAAUAAGGUUAAAACAAGAAAAUAUUGUUAAAUAUUGUUUUUACAAUAUAUAUAGGUGGUAUAUAUUGUUUAUACAGGAAAUCAAUAUAUUACUAUAAUUAUAAUCGUGGCAUUUUUUAUGUUGUUUACUAAAUAGGAUCACAAUUGUUAAUGGCGAACACGAGUGAGAAACAAGUAAUAGUUUUCGCGGUGUAUGAAUUAGUCGAACAAAUGCAAGUACUGUUAACAAUGCUUAGUAGGAUCAUCCAUUUGCUUCUACGUCGCCGCCGGGUCAAUAAUAUUGUCGGUUCAUCGUAUAGUAUGAGGGGUAAGAUACCUGCUCAAGUCCGAAAUUUGACUUACAUAAUUGGAAAUCCGACAAUGGGUUCCGGAACGGUUACUUAGGUGUGUUGGAACAACACAUGGCUCUAAAAUUUCCCGGGACCGACAUUAAGGCGGAUCCUAUGAUUUUAUCAAAGCUUCACGUUUGGAAAAAACAAUAUGGCUCGCUUUCCCAAAUGCUUUCAACGUCGGGAUUUUGUUCGAAUGAGUCGGCGAACACCAUUGAUGUAAUCGACGAUCAAGUGUGGAACAAUUAUGUUAAGUUCGAUUCAAAUGCCCGGUUGAUGCGCUAUAAAUCAUGGCUAUAUUUCAAAGAUUGGACAAUCAUCUUUGGAAAAGAUCGGGCUACGGGGGAAAGUGCCGAGGCUCUCGCCGAUGCGAUCAACGAUAUAUCGAAACAAGAUAAAGAAGCGGGCGACGAUUCAAUGGGUGGAGACCACAUACCGCAACCUGCCAUGCACUCCAACGAGAAUGACUCGGAGAACAUGUCCUCAUUGCACGGUGAAGGUUACAUGUCUAACAUGCAAGGUGAAGGGACUUCAACCUCACAUCAAAGUAGGGGUAAAAAGAAAGGCAACAAGCGUUCCCGAAACGAUGACCUCGAUGGCCGUAUCGUGGAUAUGAUGGCGGAUAUGACUAGGACUUUUGCGGAGACUAAAACAUGCCUAGGCGAGUUGGCCCACCGUAUCGGUUUUGAGCACGAUGCGUCAACUACACAUGUAAGAAGGUGUUGGAUGCCCUAUCGCCGUUAUGUUUAGGUGUCGAGGAUAAGAUUACUGUCGCUAAAGCCGUUUGCAAUAGCCCAACCGAUCUCGACAUCUUUUUUGGAUUAAAUGAAACCGAAAAGGGGGUUAUGGUUCGAAUGAUCCUCGAAGGGCGCUACUUCGGUUAGCUAGAAUAUCAUCCACUCACAAGGUGAAGAAACUUUUUCCCGUAUUCGGACCCUA